AUGAUUACCUUAAGAGGAUGUAGAAUUCGUGCGAAUCCCGUCCGCUACUUCUCUACUGAGUUAGCUCAGGAUCAUACAGCACCGAAAAGCUCAAGGGUUACUAUUCCUCCUGCCAUCAAGAGAGGACCAACAGAUUUGCUGAAAGCUCUUUCUGAUACUGUUGGAGUUGAUACAACCGCUCCCCAUUUCGCUUUCAUCGAUGAUCCAACAACCAUCCCAACUACAGCUAUGCAAAAGCAAAACUAUUUUCUGGCUAAAGAGAUGGGAAAGAGAGCUGCUCAGCUUUUAGCUAAAGAAUGGCCUACGCUUGUAGCCUUCGACCGUGAUCAACCACGAUUACCCGCAUUCAGACCUCAACACCAACCUGAUCCUCUACAGGUUGAACCUACAGAAGCUAAUCUCUUAUCUAUGAUCUCCAAUAAACAAGUUGAAGAUAGCAUUCGCUUGUAUGAAAGAAUCAGAUCCGGGAACGUUAAGAUUUCUGAUUCAGCCAAGUUAGAACUCUUCAAAUUGGCCUGUUACUACAACUGUAAAAACCCUCCUUUCACUGAAUGUGAGGAAUGGCCAGGUCUCAGAAUAUUCGGAGAAGUUGAUGCUUCAACUUGGAUUGAGUCAAGUCCAGCCGAACUUCUUUUCGAGAACAUUCCUAUUUCCCCAGAAACAGUUAGUGUUUUAAUAGCAGGAUUGUGCAAGCAUCCUACUCUAAUGGGCGUGAGGAGAGCCAAAGAUCUUCUGAAAGAGCAUGGAAAAACGUUGCAAAUUGAUGCUUUCGAAGCAGUUAUCUCAGUUUCGAACUUCGAGGAAGCUAAAACUAUUCUCCAACAAGUUAGAGCUAACAAACUGCAACCACGUUUGAACACUUGGAAUGCUCUUUUGAAAUCGGCAGCGAAGAUUGAAGACUCUCAAUUAAGGUCAAAAACUUUCAAACAAAUCAUUGGGGAAUUGUCACACCUUGGUCAGAAGCCAUCCCUACAAUCCUUCGAUAUAAUAAUCAAAAACUUGAUCGAUGUAGUUGUUGAAGAUCCCAAGAAUACUAAAGCUAAUGAAGCUCGUGAUAACCAGUUGAAAUUGGCAAUUACGUGGGUUUCCGAAAUAAUUCAAGCUUUGGAAUCAUCUGAAGCCAUUGAGUUACAAUCUGCCCAAGACAAUUUGUUCUUCUCUAAUGCUAUGGGUAUCGCAACUAGAGGAGUAAAUUUGGGCUUAGCUGAGCGUAUUGUAGCACUAUAUGAAUCACCGAAGAAUAUGGUUAAGAUGCCGGCUUUCACAAUUGAAUCUACUUUUUAUAAUCGUUAUUUGAUGCUUUUUGUCGAAGCUACAGGAUCCAUCGAGGAUGUUCACAAAAAGUACUUGUCACUUGUUCCAAGAACUGUAGGUGCUGGAAAACAAUUGACUUUACAAAUAUGUGGAAAGUUGAAGACCACGCCACAUAUCCCUCUACUACUUCGCGUAAUAGAAGACGGAAUAGCUGCAAGACUUCUUUUAGAUUAUAAAACUGCUGCUGUAUUCCGUGAGAGACUAUUGGACGUUCCAUUCCAUAGCUUAUCCGUUUCACAACGAGAUGCUUACUGUGAGGUAGUUGAACGGUUGGUAGACCUCUGGAUUGAAUUCAGCAACUUCACAGAAGAGAGAAACCGUGGAAUGCAGUUGAAAAUGUCCAAAGCUUUCGUCUCUGAUGUUGUUCAAUUAUUGAAUAGGAUAGGAAAAUCAGAAAUAGCUGACGCUCUCAGUACGGCAGAAGAUUAG